AUGGCUCAUCAGUUGUUUAUGGGGAGAACUUGCUUGCAUACUGUUCUGCCAUUUUCACGCAAUCUUGUGCUAGCAAGAGUAUCACCAUUUCAAGCCCACUGGAUGUCGGAUCAUCCGGUCAUGGCCAUCCGACGAGAAACUGUCAAUGUUUGGGAACGCCGAGCGCCACUUUCUCCACAUCAGAUAAAGAAGCUUGUCAAGUCUGGGAUUAAGGUCAUAGUUCAGCCAUCAAAUCGUAGAGCAUUCAGCAUGAAGGAGUUCACUGACAAUGGAGCAGUUGUCCAGGAAGACCUUUCCGAAGCUUCCCUUAUCAUGGGCGUGAAAGGAGUACCAAUUGAUUCUCUGCUAAGAGACAAGACCUAUGCUUUCUUCUCCCACACAAUCAAGGCUCAGGCUGAUAAUAUGCCUAUGUUAGAUGCUAUUGUGGAAAAGAAUAUCCGAUUAAUUGACUAUGAGAAGAUGGUGGAUGAACAUGGAGCUCGUGUGGUGGCAUUUGGGAAGUAUGCAGGUGUUGCAGGGAUGGUCAACAUACUUCAUGGAAUGGGUUUACGUUUGCUGGCCCUUGGUCACCAUACUCCAUUUAUGCAUAUUGGACCAAGUCAUAAUUACAGGAAUACAGAAUCAGCUAGGCAAGCUGUACGAGAUGCGGGCUAUGAAAUAGCUUUGGGUCGUCUGCCUAAGUCAAUAGGACCUUUAACCUUUGUAUUUACUGGAUCAGGCAAUGUUUCACAGGGAGCACAAGAAGUUUUCCAGGAACUGCCCCAUGAGUACGUUGAGCCUGAAUACUUGCCAAAAGUUAUGUGCCAGGGCUCUAUGAAAAAGGUGUAUGCGUGUGUUGUCAGUCGAGAAGACCACUACAAGCGUAAAGAUGGUGGAAAAUUUUGUGCAGAAGAGUUUGAACAGCAUCCAGAAAGAUAUGAUUCAUCUUUCAGUCAUAAUAUUGCACCAUACGCAUCAUGCAUUAUUAACGGCAUCUACUGGGCUGUGGGCUCUCCUCGCCUGAUCACAAUUCCUGAAGCAAAGACUUUGCUGCGACCACAAAUGUCUCCACCAUGGAUUCCAUCAUCUCCAGGAUGCCCAACUCUCCCUCACCGUCUCAUAGCUAUCUGUGAUAUAUCGGCAGAUCCCGGAGGCUCCAUAGAAUUUAUGAAAGAGUGCACAACUAUCGACAGACCUUUCUCCCUUUAUGAUGCUGAACAGAAUGUUGAUAAAGAAAGCUUUGCAGGCAAUGGUGUUCUCAUCUGCUCCAUUGACAACAUGCCAGCCCAGAUCCCCAGGGAAUCCACAGAAUAUUUUGGCAGUUUGCUGCUUCCGUAUGUGGAAGAAAUGCUGAAAUCAAAUGCCAAGACCCCUUUUGAAGAGUAUGACUGCAGCCCAGUUGUUAAAAAUGCUGUGAUUGCAAGCAAUGGUCGACUGACGCCCAACUUUGAGUACAUAAAUGUUCUGAGACUGAGUUCUAAGUCUGCACAGAAAGCAAAGGUGAAGAAAUCCGGAGAGAAGAUAGUAAUCUUAGGGGCUGGCUAUGUGUCAGGACCUGUCGUUGAAUAUCUUGGAAGAGAAAGAAAAUCUGGCAUUAUUGUCGCAUCCCAGUUUCAAGAAGAACUAGACACUGCAAGCCGCUUGUGCCCAAAUGUAGACCCGAUCCUCAUAGACCUGGGUCCAAACUUUGAUGAGCUGGAGAAUAUUAUCAAGGAUUGUGACUUAGUGAUCAGCUUACUCCCCUACACUUUCCACCCGGAUGUGGCCAAAGUUUGCAUCAAGAAUCAGAAGAAUAUGGUCACUGCAAGUUAUAUCAGCCCAGCAAUGCAAGACCUGCAUGAAGCAGCCAAGGAUGCAGGUAUAACUAUCAUGAAUGAAAUGGGAGUGGAUCCAGGAAUUGACCACAUGCUGGCUAUGGAAUGUUUCGAUGAUGUUCGGAGAUCUGGCGGCAAGGUAACAUCUUACAUCUCUUACUGUGGUGGAAUCCCAGCUCCAGAGAAUUCUGCAUCUCCCCUGCAUUAUAAGUUCAGUUGGUUUCCCAAAGGAGUCCUCAUGAACAUUUUGUCUCCAGCCAAACACCUGAAAAAUGGAAAGGUUAUUGAGAUAGCUGGAAAUGGUGGCUUGCUGGAUGCUGUGGAAGAUCUGACCUUCCUGCCAGGGCUCAAUCUUGAAGGGUUUCCCAACAGAGACUCUACAGUCUAUGCCCGUACGUACGGCAUUGACUCAGCUCACACAGUUCUCAGAGGGACUGUCAGAUACAAGGGAUUCUGCAGGACAGUUAAAGGUCUUGUUGCUCUUGGACUUUUUGACACACAAGAAAACUCACAACUUCAUCCCAGUGGUCCAGACAUAACCUGGAAAGAGUUUAUGUGCAGCAAGUUUAAUGAAUCUAGUGAUCUUUUGGAAGACACUCUAAAGGACCACAUUCUUGAAAAGCUUGGAGGAGAUCACAUUAAGCUGGAUUGUAUUAUCAGACUGGGUUUGAUUGACGACAUUCCAAUAGACAAACGGAACACGCCCAUAGAUACACUGUCUAACUACCUCUCCAAAAGGCUAUUUUAUGGUCCAGAUGAACGGGAUAUGAUAGUCAUGCAUCAUGAUGUCCAAGUCUCAUGGUCAGAUGGCAGGAGAGAGCAGAGAAGAAUCAACUUUGUCAACUAUGGAGAUCCAGGAGGUUUUUCAGCAAUGGCCAAAUCUGUCGGCUUGCCUACGGCAAUUGCUGCUCGCAUGAUUUUAAAUGGUGAAAUUCAAACAAAAGGUGUUUGUGCCCCCUUGGAAGCUGAGAUUUAUCACCCAAUUCUGCAAAGAUUAAAGAAAGAAGGACUGGCUGCCAGAGAAGAAAAAGAAAUCCUAUCAUAA